AACGAACGGUGUUGAUAAGAAUCGUUCUCGCAUCCCAGUCGUCUCCUUGCCCCUCUCUUCUCCAGCGUCCGAUCCCUUCUCUUUCCUCCUUCCUUCCAUCUCCUUCUCUCGCGCCCUUUCCAUACAAACAGCCUCUCAACAACAAGGUAAGCUAGGGUUUAGAUGUCGUCGGCCGACGGACUCCAGCCGGGGAGCCCCGGCGGCGGAGGCAGCCACGACAGCGGAGAUCAAAGCCCGCGCUCCUCCAACGUUCGCGAGCAGGACAGGUUUCUACCCAUCGCCAACAUCGGCCGGAUUAUGAAGAAGGCGCUCCCAGCUAACGGCAAGAUCGCAAAGGAUGCCAAGGAGACUGUUCAGGAAUGCGUCUCCGAGUUCAUCAGUUUCGUCACCAGCGAGGCCAGUGAUAAGUGCCAGAGAGAGAAGAGGAAGACCAUUAAUGGCGAUGAUUUGCUGUGGGCGAUGGCGACGUUAGGGUUUGAGGAUUAUAUCGAGCCGCUUAAGGUUUACUUGAGCAGAUACAGAGAGGUGAGAUUCCUGGGUGAUACCAAAGGCUCAGGCAAGGGUGGAGAUACAUCUGCUAGAAAAGAUGUCCAGCCCAGUCCAAAUGCCCAGAUUUCUCAUCAAGCCACUUUCUCACAAGGUGUUAGUUACUCAAACCCUCAGGAUUUCAGUAACUACGGGAUGGGUGAUAUUCAGCUUAAUCACCGAUAAACGAAAAGAUGAGUUGGCCAGCAUGUGAUGGUUAAAAUGCAAGGCAGCGAGUAGAUGAUCACUUAUCCUUAACCAAUGCCAUCAUCAGCUAGCACACCAUUCAUGACUUCCUUUAUCCACUGAAAACAUUCGGAUUUGAGUGGGGACACUGAUAUUUAUGUUGGUCCUUUUAGUUCUCCGUCCGUGUUAUUUCUGGGUUGGACAUGUUUCGUUAGAGUGAGUGGAUGAUGAUAGAUCGACUCGAGAAGUACUGUAAAGAUCUAGAUCUCCCUUUUUAUUUUGUUUGCUUCCCUAUCCUGUUCUUAAGAAUUUUGUUACGUUGGUGUAACAAUCAGUUGUGUAUGAUCAGGGAUGCACCAAAUGGAUGCGACAAUUCUGUCAUUCUAUGAUUAAUAAGUGUGUCCUAGUUGAUUGUGGUCUCCCCGUUCACCUAAAUUAGCUUGCUCUAUACAGCAGUUUACUG